UACUAUCUUAAGGAAACAAAUACAUAAUAUAAACUUCCUCAAAAUAAAAUUAAAAAAAAAAAAAACAUGCUAUGACAUAAAUUACAAGUAUAAAAGCCAAAAUACAAAUCCAAACAAAAACAGUUGUUGAAGUAAGGAUGAGCCUAGCAAACUAGUUAAAAAGUUCUUCAAUUCUUCCUCUUCCAUGGCUUCUCUUCUUUCCUUAUCCCUUCCAAAGCCAACAAUAAUCAAAGCUACUUCAUCAACCACCACCACCACCACUCUCCCUUCUCCUGAUGUUCUUGAAGAAAAGUUUGGUAGAAAAGGUAUCAAAUUCUUGGAAUCUAACAACAUCCCAAUUGCUGAGCUAACUGUCAGAAAUGGCAGUUCUUUGAGGCUCCAAAUACCUGAUGCUCAUGUCACUUCCUACAAGCCAAAAGUUUAUUGGAAAGAUGAUGGUUUUCAUGAAAUUCUUUAUACAGUUCCAGGAAAAGAUUCCUCUAGUAAAGCUAGAGGUGGUAUUGGUUUGGUCAUAAAUGAUGCCUCUGAUUCUGGCUCUAAAGGGUCUCUAAUUACUAAUUCUGAAUGGACCGUCAAGGAUGUUGAUUCUGAUGCCAUUGAUGCUCUUCAGGUAGAGUUGGGCUGUACUAGUGGAACUCUUGAUAUAUCAUACAUUGUCUCACUCUAUCCAGAAAGUAUGGCAACAGCAGUUAUAGUAAAGAACAAUGGCCGUAAACCUGUGACUCUAACUAGUGCUAUACUAAGUCAUCUCAAAUUUAAAAGAAGACAAAAGGCUGCAGUCCAAGGAUUCAGGGGUUGUUCUUACUUGCCACAUCCUCCUUUAUCUUCCCCUUUCGAAAUUUUAUCCCCUGGCGAAGCAAUGAAAUCUGAGUCUCCUGGAUUGUUUGAUUUUAGUUCUGAACCUGAAGACAAACUGGGCAUUUGGGGAGUUCAAGAUGUUCCCUUCACAAUUUUAAAGAAUAAGUUCAGUAGAAUUUAUGCUGCUCCACCACAAGAGAGAUUAAAAGCAUUUUAUAACACCCCACCUUCCAAAUAUGAAACACUUGAUCAGGGUCUUGAGCUUUUCUUCAGGGUGAUUCGAAUGGGUUUCGAAGACACAUACAUGGGCAGCCCUGGUUCUUUAUCAGAGAAGUACGGGGAGGAGUAUUUUAUCUGCACUGGCCCUGCUGCAAUGAUAGUACCAGUUAUUGUGAAACCAGGUGAAGAUUGGAGAGGGGCACAGGUUAUUGAGCAUGAUAAUUUGUAAUUAACAUCUUUUGAUAACGAAAAUCAAAAUUCAUUUUCUUUUUUCUUCUUUUUUUCUUUAUAACUUUCCUUAGUCCUAGAUUGUUAUGUCCUUCUCGAAAUGAAUACUGUAAUCUGUACUCACAGAUCAGCUAUAUGUUACUAUAAGAAAAAGAAAAUGUCAUUAUUUGAUAUAA